UUUGCCAGCUGGAUUAAAGGGAGAAGUAUGUCGUCCUGCAGCCGGUUGAACGUAAAACAAAUCUUGUAGUGUAUUGUCGCGCAUUACGCUUAGUAAAACAACCUACCUGGAAUGCACAUGAUCAGGGAUGUAUAUAUACAUAAGAUCAUACACGUCUGAAGACAGGACAUAAGCAAAUAACAAGAGAUGGAUACAGAGAGCGGAGCAGUGUUUUUUGGACAAAAAGAGGAGGAGGGGGCUAUAGAGGGCGGUUUGGGAGUGGAAGGGCCAUUCUCUUGCCCCAAUACCCUCUAUACUGAAACGGAGAAAACUUUGGAAGAAUGGGCACUGGAUCCCCAUUGUGGUCUGAAUGACAGCGAACCUGAAGAUGUCCUCCAUGCGAUCAACCCCAAUGAUGUAUACCCCUCAGGACCCCCUGGGGAGUCCCUAUCAGAGAGUGACAGCGGUAUAUCAGAGGACCCAUGUUCUGAAACCCCGCCAGGGCCCUCAGAAUCUGCCCAGGGCCCCCCCACCAUCUAUCAGGUGGUUUAUGACAUCAGCAGUCUGAGUGCCAUCAAGACAGAACCAGAGCAACACAGUGUGGACGUCAUAUCUAUAGAGCUGGACGAGUGGAGCUCCCAGAUGUUAAUCUCUGAAUCAUGCAUCGUUAAUGAACUGCCCAUUGUUCCCACUGGAAAACCUGACGGUGUUCUUGCUGCCACUUCUAUCGCCAAAGAUGACCACAGUCUGGAGAAUCUACCGUAUUACCCCGAACUCCAUCUGACUGAGGAGGAGCAGAAGUUGCUGAACCAGGAAGGGAUCUCUUUACCCAAUAACCUGCCCCUUACAAAGGCAGAGGAGAGGAUACUGAAGAAAGUGCGUCGCAAGAUCCGCAACAAGCAGUCGGCCCAGGACAGUCGGCGCAGGAAGAAGGAGUACAUUGAUGGACUGGAGGGCAGGGUGGCAGCAUGCUCCGCACAGAACCAGGAGCUGCAGAAAACUGUGGAGCAGUUGGAGAAACACAACAUGUCUCUCCUGGCCCAGCUGCGCAGACUGCAGUCUCUAAUCAAGCAGACAGCCACCAAGGCUGCACAGACCAGCACCUGCAUCAUGAUUUUCCUCUUCUCCCUGGCUCUCAUCAUUUUCCCCAGUUAUAGCCCCUUCACCUGGGAUGCUACCUCAGCGGAGGAGGGCUAUACACCCAAAGGAGUUAUCUCCAGAAACAUCCUUACUGACCCGGCAUCAUCUUUGCAAAUAUCAGAGGAUAUAGACAACCCUGUCAUCAAUCCUGACAGUCCGCCUUAUUCUCCUGACUCUGGCCAGUCAGAUUCCCUGGAUCUGACCUCAGUGCUACUACAGCAGCCAAUAGAAAACCCAGAGAUAGCUCUCAGUGAGGGCAUGACCCAUGAGGAGAGCAAGCCCGGAAAUGUCUCAAACCUGGACGAGGGUAGGAUUGACCCAUUAGUUCGGGGUAUGACGUCGGCCAAAGGACAAGGGAGCACUAACGUGGAUCCUACAAAACCAGCACACGCAGAUGAGAUGUAAGCCUGCUUUUGCACAGUGGGCCGAAAUCUUUCUUAAGUUCUGGAACCCCUUCUGAAUUGAAGCGAAGGCCAAGCUCAAUAUGCUGUCAUGAAACAACAUUGGGUGUUUCUCUCUGACGCUGUGGAUGCCUCAGUUACUUAACUGUUGCAUUUAUCUGUUCUCUGUCAUGGUCUUCAUUAUUGUGGUGGAGGAUAUUUUAUGGUGAGCAGGAUGGCUCAUGUGGAAUGUAUGCACAUGUAGUCCAGCACCCACUACUUUACCUGGCUGAGAAUGAAACCAAACAUAUCUCAAAGAACCAAACAGUGGAGGAAUAUCUUUUCACAGAUAGCACAUUAUCUUGCUCCUUUCAUGACUACAGAGAUUCCGACAUGUGCUCGCAUGAUGGUACACAUACAAUUGUAUGUACUUACAGAGCUGUUUUAAUACUCUUUGUGCUGUAUAUGGAUUGAAACAUGGUUGGCAUUUCUGUGCAUAAGCAGAUUCUUCAAUAACACAUUCUUGCACUGUAACUGCCUUUAUAUUUUGUUUCUGCUUCAGAGAUGGCCUUUUGUCAAAUCAACUUGAUGAUUAUCACCUGUGUCCGACCAUGGUUUCUUAUCUUACUGACAACUUGGCAAAGGAAACAUGUAUUUUUACUAACAAAAUCCUUCACUUAAGCUGUCUGUUUUUUCAUAUUCUAUUUUACGUAUUUAUAAACAAAGGGAAGAAUCUAAAAGAGUUUUUUAUUUUGAUGUUUUUAUUUUAAGAGGGAUAGCUUCCUAGCAA